AAUCCUCGCCGUUCAUUGGCUGGAAACAUGUCUACUGGAGGGGGAGAGACUGAGUGUGUCAUAUGACCUGAGGAGGAGCACACGUCUGUCUAGCUUGGAAUAUUGGCCUGCCUGAUGGGGUGUUGCUGCAGUACUGAGCAGGAGAACCUUUCGCAGGAUGGUGAAGUCAAUGAGAGGACUCGACUACUGAAUGAUCCUGUCAGCAAUACCUACCAAGUCACAGCGAGCUCAAAUGACUAUGGAAACCAUUAUUCUACCUCUGCCACGAAGAAGUCAGAUGAUCAUUCUGUCUUAAAUCAAAUUUUGCAACACACAGCCAGUAGUAUCAUUGAUGUAGGAGCCUUGGAGUGCCACACCCUAGAGCAGCAUGAAUACAUUGAGAGAGUGAGAACAUACAACCAGAGAGUUAAUGCAAUACCACAAGUUAAGACAUCCAACAAAAGGCACCAUGAAGUUCAGCUUUUAUAUGAUACACCAGCUACUGAGAGGGUUUUAUCAGCACAACCAAUUUCUUUAGCAGAUUUUAACAUGAUGAUCACUGCAUCACAGAAGGUUGUGGCAGCUGUUGCACAAAUCCGAGUGGAACACAAAGAAGAUUUGGUAGUUCCAUUUGGAAUCCCUUGACAUCCUCAUUUCCAGCAGCCAUCGUACCAAGACUUCUUUACCCUCACAGCCUCCCUUCUGCAGCGACUCUUCUCUCAUCACCUUGGACAAGCACACCCCACUUACACUCACAUAUCUGAUGGAACUGGGAGUUGUAUGGGAGAAUCCUCUCAGAUGAUUAAGUAGUCUCUCUCUCUCUCUCUCUCUCUCUCUCUCUCUCUCUCUCUCUCUCUCUCUCUCUCUCUCUCUCUCUCUCUCUCUCUCUCUCUCUCUCUCUCUCUCUCUCUCUCUCUCUCUCUCUCUCUCUCUCUCUCUCUCUCUCUCUCUCUCUCUCUCUCUCUCUCUCUCUCUCUCUCUCUCUCUCUCUCUCUCUCUCUCUCUCUCUCUCUCUCUCUCUCUCUCUCAUAUAUAUAUAUAUAUUUUUGAAAUAAAUCAUGCAAUAUCCAUAUGUUGUUGAUUGAUGGUAGAUGUAAUAUUAAUUUAUACAGGUGUGCCUUAAUUUGUAGUAUAGCAUAUAUAUAUUGAGAUCAAAUUUAACCCAGCUGUAUAUCAGCAGAUUAUUUUGCCUAAAUCAUUAUUACCUUAAACUGAGUGAAGUUAAACAGUUACAGCCAGUUGUUUGUUGUACAGGAGUUUGAGUUGUGUGCAAAUGUGGAUGGCUUAUUUCCAUGAUCCAUCACUUAUGAAAACUGUUCCUUUUCCCAUGUGUACUUUCAUAACCCCAAAAAUUAGCCAUAUGUCUCAUCCAUUCAUGUAUUAUGUCAUUGUGCAUGAAUUUUCUAUCCAUGCAGCAGUUUCAGCUGCUGCAUGCAUGCUAAUAAGGUAAAUAGCCAAUGUAGCAGAAAUUAGUGCUCACUGAUAUGGGGGAAGGGGGAGUAAGCCAGCUGUACAUUUCUAGCUCAUAACAAGGCACACCUUCAUAUCCUGAGUGUCAGCCCAUGCAUCCUACUGCUCUAUCAGCCCUCCACAAUGUGUAUAUACACAAACUGAACAAUCCUGAAGUGUGUCAUGCAGUGCUUGGAUGAUCAUCAACUCAGUAUGUACUUGAGUUUAGUUUUACAGAUACUUCAAAGAUGAGAGAGUUCAAACAUGGGAGCUUAGCAACAAGAGGUGCAUAUUUUUUUUACUUAUUUACUUUUUUAAUCAGAGGAAGUGUAAUGUACCAAGAGUGUCAAUACUUUUUAAAAGGUGCAUAGCAAUUGUACCAUAUUUAAUAUUUGUAAAUUUAAAUGUUGACUGAAAGAUAGAAAGAAAUAAUAUAGCACAUGAAUGGUCAUGUUUGUUUAUGCUGCUGAACCUUUUUAUAUUGGUGUAUUGCCCUACUUGGUGAGUCAGCCUAGCAUGUUUAGCAUUGCAAAGUGGCAUCAGACCAGUAGAAUCUCCAAUGCAUUUUACAUGGUAAUAUAUCUCCAGUAGUUAUAAGUGCAAGACUGAGGGCACAUUUGUUAUUCUUCUCUAAUCAUGUAGCUGUAGAGAAGCUCUGAAUAGACAUGUAUCAUUAUUAAUAUUUGACAUUUCACUAACAUACAAAGCCUUGAAGUUGUGAAAGUGAAGGCAAGCAUUAUCAAAAGUUAGGAACAAAAACAAAGUGCAACCUUGAGUGUCUAAAGACAACAGAAGGUUACCUUACAUUCAAAUCAUCAUUAGAUGAUUGUAAGAAAUGUUACAGUAAUGUUUUCAUUCAUGUGCAAAAAAAAUUUAUAAUUUUUACUUGGACAGAUUCAAUAAGAAAUUUGAUACUUUAAAAAAUGCAACCUUCAAAAUGUAUUUUGAAUUACUUAUCUUAGAGAAGUGACCAAGUUGAAAAUUGCCAUUAAUAUUAAAGAAUUAGAAUUGUCAUCUACCUUUAGAACCAGGGAGUGAAAAAUGAUAAGUAAACACACUGAUUUCUCAGAAAAGUAGAAGAGCAACAAAACUCUAAGGAGCAUCUUCCUCAAAUGCCAAUAGCCAGUCUUGCCACCAUAAUUGUUGUCCUCUAUACUUCCCACAGCCUUCCACUCUGUUUUCAUUAAUAAGGAACUAUCUUUUUAUACACUAUGAAUAAAUUUUGGACAAAAGAAUGACAGAAAGAAAAAUCACCCACAAGAUCUGAAUUUCAUGUUGCAUUCUUUUCCCAAACUAUGAGAUGCUGUAGAUAAACAUGUUAAAGAAUUUUGAAUCUAGACCUGACCACUAAUUAAAGGGGACACCAUGACGUGUAGUUUGUCUGAGCUAUUGACAGUUGAGUCUGCCACCAAGUCAGGUAUGCAGCAGACCAAAAAUGCAUAAAGAUUACCCACUUAAUUUCUAGCAUAAUGUGGCCAUUCAUGAGGAAAGAACAUGAUUUGUACUUAUAAGAUGCUCUGUGACUCAAAAGUAACUUAAUACAAUAAACCUGUGAGUAACUCAACAAUUUUUAUCCAGUUUUAAUUACGGUUCUAAGGAAAAGAACACUGAAAUUUCUAUCUCUUUAUUACAUAAUGAAUUAUACAACAUUUUUUGUUAUACCUUUAGAUUAUUUGUAUUUUAUGAAGAAACAUAAUUGAGAAGAUUUUUUUUUUCUUUUUUUUUUUUUAUGAAAAAAGAAAGUUCAAUACUAAUUUUUAUCCCCUGACAUUUUUACAGGGUCUUACUAGUAGGCACAUUUUCCUCACAUCAUAGAGUUCUCUGCUUGAAUUCCCUGGCCAGAUGGAGAAAAUUUAGGUUUGUCUUUAUUGAUAAUGUACCCCCUGACUACCUAGAAAAGAAUAAGUAUAGGACAUAAGCUUAGAAAUUGCCAACUUCACAAUGAUACCCUAAGCCAGUAAGGUGCAUGACUGAAGUGGAGCGCAGUUUUUCACGCAAGAAAUAGAUCAUGAUGGCAUAUAUGAUAACAGUAACAUUGUUAAAUUGAAAAAAAUAAUGUAUUCCCAAUGUAAAGAAUUAAAAAAUUCUAAAUUUCUGCCAAGGCAAUUCAUGCACUUGUGAAUCCAUGUCAUGUUGGACAAAUGUCUUAGUAUUGUACUCAUCUGUGCUCUGUGAAAUGUUCUCUUAUGAUGAACAGUAUGUACGUAUAUGUAUGUAUACACAUCAAUAAUGUAAGGCAUUUUUAAAUAAGGCACACCUGUAGUAUUCAGAAACUAGAAUUUUUAGAUAUUAUUUUCAUUUGCCAGUAAUCUGAGUGAGAUUAUUUCUGUCUUGUUGGCUGUGACAUACAGAUAUUAUAUAUUGUGACAUUAUCUUCACUUGUUAGUGUCAGAGAAUUGUACUAGUAUCCUAGUGGUGCAGUAGCAUUGUUUCAUCUGAACUUUAUCCUGAAGCUAAAUUAUACAAUGGUGCUGUGAUAUUCAAUAAAUUAGGGAAAAUUAAUUGCUGAUUCCUAAAUGACAACUCAUUAGUUUUCUAUAGAAGUGUAGAGAUAUGGACCAGAAGCUCAAUUACUGCAUCAUUUAAAACAUAAAAUUGUUUAGGGUAAAGAGUAAAGGAAGAUAAUUUAAAGCUUGCUCCUAUCCCCAGAAGUCCUGUCAUCAUCCUGUGACUUCCAUAUACUCUACCACUUUUGGGUCACCUCUACCUUUCACACUGAAGGCAUUAGACAUAAUUUUAUCAUAAUAAGUAGCUCUGCCACACAAAGGCCUGAGUUAAUAAAUGUUUUACUGAAAAUACUCAUCAAACUAUUUUCAAUGUACUUUCUAUUCUUUCAGAGAUAACAGAAUUUUCUUAAAUUGAAAAAAGUAGCCAGCAUUUGUUAUAGUCAAGUCAUGCUAUUUUUCAUGGCUCUCAUUAACCUGUUAAACAUGCUACUUAUAAGUUUAAAGGAAGGAAAAAUCACUAGAGUUGAUUGACAAGACAAAACAACCCAAAUUCUGUUCAUGGCCAUAUGUGUCCAAAUUUACCUAUGCCCAUAAAAAUGGAGGAAAAAAAAGACCAUGUGAUUUGUCUGCAUAUUUCUCUCACAUCCCAGUUGAAGUAUGGAGCACAUAAUUCUGAAACAUUUGGUUCUACUGACAUCUUACUCUGGAUUUCCUCUUGUUCAGUCGUGUGAUGUUAAAAAAUCAGCCUUGAACCUCCUUGCACCAUUACCUCAUCAAAAUGAAGUAGCAUAAUAAGAGUGCAAGUUACUAUACAGUAUUAGAGAUCUUCAGUUUGUAUUAUUUGUUUCAUCACUUAGAGAGAUGAUUACCAAACUCAUUUGAAUCUGUACGAAGAUGCAUUAUUUCCCUGGAUAUGCGACUUUUUAUAAGAAGUAUUGAGCAUUAGGUGAAAUAAGUUCCUGUUAUUUCUUCAUGUUUAUGGUAUUUAAUGUAACAAGAUUUAUAGACCAAUAACGUAGAAUAAGUUGUUUAUUUUAUCUAGGUCUAUCUGUUAUUAGGAUUUAUAUAGCUUGCUUAGUAACUAGUACUUAUAUUUCUUACUGUACUAGAAACCUCACUGGUAGGAACAAAGAAAUGUGACUUUUGGUUCAUACUGUCUCAUUGAUUUUGAGCUAGUAGUCUGCUGUUGAUGAGUAACAAUAGUAAAGAGCGUAAUAAUCAUUGUACUAAAUAGAAAGAGUGGUCUAGAUUCACAAGCAAGAUAAUAUAAUCUACAGUUUAUAAUUGUAGUACAGUGAAGGACAGAAACCUCUCAACUUUUCCUACCAAUAGCUUCCUGUUCUUUAUCCAUUUCUGUUCAUUCUUUCAUCAAUAUCUUUUGUCUGAUUGCUCUGGCUCUCUUGAAUGUCUGAGUUUCCUCUUUGUGGUCCAUUUGUUGCAAUAUGAUUAUGACCAUCAUUUAUUUGAUCUUAUUCAUUGUAGCUGAGGAUUUACAUUUCUUCCCAAA